AAGCACUUGCCUUGGUAUACAAUUUCUCUUAAUAACCCCCUCGAUAUACAAUAAUUAUUCUCUAAUACUCUUUUCACCAUGGGAAGACUUGCGGGAAAGAAUGCCAUCGUCACCGGUGCUGCGGGAGGCAUUGGUCUUGAGACUACCAUCCUGAUGCUCCGCGAAGGCGCCUCCGUGCUGAUGACCGACAUCACGGCGCCCGGUCUGGAGAAGGCGCUCGCCAAGGUUAACGAGGUUGUGCCGACGCACGAUGGCCGAGUCGAGACGCGACUUGUUGAUGUUUCCAAGGAGGCCGAGGUGGAGGCUGCGGUGGCGCAUCUUGACGCCUGGGGUGGAGUGGACGUCAUGUUCAACAAUGCGGGCAUCAUGCACCCGCGGGAUGGCGAUGCGGAGGAAUGCCCCGAGGCCAUCUGGGACCUCACCAUGUCCAUCAAUGUCAAGGGCGUAUGGUACGGCUCGAAACAUGCCGUCAAGAGUCUGCGCAAACACAAGAAAACAAAGGGCAGCAUCAUCAACACGGCGAGUAUGGUGGCCUUGGUUGGGGCGGCCACUCCACAGCUGGCUUAUACGGCUAGCAAGGGUGCCGUUUUGGCUCUGACGCGGGAGUUGGCCAUUGUCCAUGCACGCGAAGGAUUCCGUUUCAACUCGCUAUGCCCGGCUCCUCUCAACACCCCUUUGCUGCAAGACUGGCUCGGUGAUGACAAGGCCAAGCGUUUCCGGCGCGAAGUGCAUUUCCCAACUGGUCGCUUCGGUGAAGCGAUUGAACAGGCCCAUGCGGUGGUUUUCUUGGCCAGUGAUGAGAGUAGCUUCGUCAAUGCCGCUGACUUUGUGGUAGAUGGGGGUCUGACCAAGGCGUAUGUUACGCCGGAAGGGCCAGCUACCGAGGCACCCAAGAAUCUUGGUCAUUAGGAUUUGUGAUUAAUGUUCCAGUCAUGAAUAUGAAUGAUGAUCCUUCUAUUAUAUCUUGGGGUAGGUUCGCAUAGGCAUAGAGAGACCCGCUCAAUCAUGCAAAUGAUAUCCAGAUUUGAUUUCGUUGCAUUGCCAGGGAGAUAUUCCACGGCCCGCAUUCAUUACGGGGCAUUUCCCACAUGUGUUCCAGUAAGAGAAGCGUCCUCUGCAUGUUCCCUAGCCCAAAAGUAUCCACCAUGACAUUUAGUCGAUGCCUGAGGG